AAUAAAAAUGUCAAGACAGCGAUUCGAAGCUUCGGAGUUGAUCAAUGUUAGAGAUUUCCUGGCUCAGUGGAGCAAUGACGUUUAUAUUCAGUGUGCCACAGAUCCAACAAAAAGCACAGAUUUACUUGCAGAAAAAAUGAACAUGAGUGAAGAAAAUGUUAAAGAAUUAGAGAGCGUCUGCAGUUUGGAUCUGCUGAACAAGCCAGGAGUGGAAACCAAGACGAGAUGGGACAGCUUGGAAAAAAUACCACCCCAAGUUAACCUCUACUGCACAUCAUUUCAGAAGAAAGAGCUGGACAAAAGAAAGCACAGUUUGUACUAUGCCAGAGAGAUGAUGAGAAAAUUUAAAUACAAGAGGAAUGAUUUACACUCAUUGGUUCACUACAACAACGCAAUCACCAACAUAGUAAAGACUGUGCCGGAGGACUGCAGAGUAAUCUACCCUGACGUGAUUCUCACUGUGAACAUCCAUCGAGGGGUUAAAACCUUCUUACAGGACAGAGAUGAAGAUCACCCCAAGACUGACCAGUUGUAUCCAUCUAAUACCCUGCUGGUGCUGGGGCGUCAGAAGUUGACUGAUCUCCGGGACGUUGUCCGCUGUGUGCAUGACCUUGCUGUGGCGGGAGAUGCCAGCGAGAACCCAGAUGCCGAUUGCCAAAAUUAUGCCAAGGACAUCUACAAGUCAGGGUUCUUUUUCAUCAACAACACAUUCUACAAUGAUUUGCGUGAGGAUGAUGCCAGGGACUACAGUCAGUUGAUCCGUGACUGGGCAAGCGACCCAGACCGUCAAGUAGGGCCGUUUGAGACACAGAGGAUGGAGGAGACGACCUUCCUUGAUCUGACCUUGAGGCUCGGCCAUCCCUAUCUCUACCUACAUCAGGGUGACUGUGAGCACCUCAUGGUCAUCAGUGAUAUCAAGCUGCUGACCAAAGAGCAUCCCCAGGAUGUGCGUGACUACCCAUAUCUGAUGAAGAAAUAUCAGCGAGUUAGAACAGCUUGCAGGGUCUGCACAAAACAGGCUGCAAGGUGGAUCACAUAUGGGAGCGAGUUUACCCCAGAAAACCCUUGCUUCUUCUGUGAUGUGUGCUUUAGGUCGCUACACUAUGAUUUAAACAAUAAGAAAAUUGGUGACUUUGAAGCUUACAGAUUCUUUGAUCACCAAGCUAUUGUGUGAUGAAAGCAGCUCAGAUGAAUGGCUUGAUAUAUAAAUACAGUGAAAUGAUGAUGUUCUACUGUGCACGCCAAGUAUACCUACACGCUCAUUGACAGAAAAUGGCAGAGCGAGUGUACCUACAUGCUGAUUAACAGAAAAUGGCAGAGCGAGUGUACCUACAUGCUGAUUAACAGAAAAUGGCAGAGCAAGUGUACCUACAUGCUCAUUAACAGAAAAUGGCAGAGCAAGUGUACCUUCAUGCUCAUUGACAGAAAAUGGCAGAGCAAGUGUACCUACAUGCUCAUUGACAGAAAAUGGCAGAGUGAGUAGAUCGGAGAUGGGUCUACUUCUGCUAUGCUUUAGUUUUGUCAAGAAUGCUUCCAGUUUUUGAAGUGGAUUAAAAACACAGUUAUUAUAGAAUUUGUUUAUUUGAUCAAUGAUGUUUUCAUGUAUACAUGUUUUUGCUUGUCCAUUUUUCAAAGAAAAUAUGGCAUUAUUGUCCUGUUCAUUAGUUCUAGAUUUAGAUGUUAACAUGAAAACUUGAUAUCGAUACACAUAUUCAAUAUAACAAUACACACAUGUAGACUUUAACUUAAAAAAAUUUUGUGGCACCUUGAUUGGACUGAAAAACACAAAAAGUGUUGGCGUUUGCUAGCUGUGCUCUAGGUCUAUACAUGUUUGUUAGCACAUUUAUAACUAGGCGCCACAUGAUCAUUUGUCUUAAUGUUUUGCCAUUGGCAAGCGCUCAUUUGUUAAAUAUUAAUCAAUGUACAAAAUAAAUGCAAAUACUAA